GCGGCGGCGGCGGGGUCCGGCGCGGCUGGAAGCGCGGCUCGGUGCGGGUCUCCCUGGAGCGGCUCCUCGGCUUUGGGAACGGGUAUUGUUUUGCUGUGAAUAUAAGUGUCUUUACCGUAUGGGAUUUCUUCUAGGUGGUCCUUUCAGAACAAUUAUAAGCAGAUCCACAGCAAUGCAAGCACAUAAACCUGCCCCAGCGACUGGAUUUUCAAACGCUAACUAUGAGCCAGGAAGUCAAGUCCCCUAUGGCCACCCACAGUAUGCACCUGGGACUUACCAAGGUGUCGCAGGCAUGGGGAGCUAUGGCUUCCAGGUACAGGCCAUGGGAGUCCCAGCUGGACUUGCUGUUCCACCCAUCCAGAACCAGCCCAUUGUGAAGGAGGGGACUAUCUGGAUGCCUAUCCCUCCUUCUCUUCCCAACUGCCCUCCUGGACUGGAAUACCUCACACAGAUUGACCAGAUAUUAAUUCAUCAGCAAAUUGAACUUCUUGAGAUUUUGACUGGCUUUGAAACAAACAACAGAUAUGAAAUCAAGAAUACACUGGGGCAAAGGGUGUACUUUGCAGCAGAGGACACUGACUGCUGUACCAGGAAUUGCUGUGGGCCAUCACGACCCUUCACCAUCCGGAUUAUAGACAACCUGGGCCAUGAGGUGAUAACGCUGCAGAGACCCCUCCGGUGUUCUUCGUGCUGCUUUCCCUGCUGCUUACAGGAGCUGGAAGUUCAGGCACCUCCAGGAACACCAGUCGGUUAUGUUGUCCAGAACUGGCAUCCCUGCCUACCCAAGUUUACCAUUCAAGAUGAGAAAAGAAUGGAUAUACUGAAAAUUAUUGGCCCAUGUGUUGUCUGCAGCUGUUGUGAAGACAUUCAUUUUGAGGUGAAGUCUGUGGAUGAGACUUCUACUGUUGGGAGGAUUUCUAAGCAGUGGACUGGGUUUUUGAAAGAAGCCUUUACAGAUGCAGAUAACUUUGGAAUCACAUUCCCAAUGGACCUUAAUGUAAAAAUGAAAGCUGUCAUGAUCGGUGCUUGUUUCCUUAUCGACUUCAUGUUUUUUGAGCAUGCUGGUGAUAACCAACAGCGAACAGGAGUUUGGCAAUGAAAUCUAUAACUUUUAUAUAGAAGGAAGAAGAACAUAAAUCUCCCAACUUUCCAGCGGAUUGCAGAGCUCCAGUAAGAAUGUGAGGAAUGUACAUCUUGUGCUUGUAGUUAUAUUUCUAUAAACUAAAAGCUUUAUGGUCUUUUUUUUUUUUUUAACAAUCUGAUGAAAUACUUUGUAGUAUUCAAAUAAGAACCCUUUGUCUGUACAGAUCAAUUUAUAGAAAUAUAUAGCAACCUUUUUUUCCAAGAAAUUUGGAAUUGUAAAAUAAAUACUCAUAGUUACUUUGGUUCCUAAAAAAAGAGGACUACUUUUAUAUUCGAUAGUAAUAUAAGCAGUGAGCCUAAUAAAGAGGUCCUGGUCUUUUCCUCUGUAUCCUUCUUUGGUAGUUUUGCCUUGGUGUCACAUUCUGUUGUUUCCAACUUCUUAACAGAUAUAUACCUUCAAAUCAAAGUAAUCUAUGUGAACAGAACUAUCAGAAAUCACUGUAAAAUUGUAUUAAUUAGCAAUAAAUCUGCUGUCAAAUAUGA